GACAAAGUCCAAAUGGGCCUCCCCGCUUUCCGUAGUUUGAGCCGACGACGUUGGCAACAUGGCGUCCUCAGAUGUUCACGUCCGAAUAUGUGAACAAGAAAUAAUCAAAUAUGACAUCGAAAUCAAAGCUCUCAUCCAGGACAUUACAGAGUACGUGGGCCCUCAAAACAAGCUGAAAGAACUGAACGCAGAUGUGAAAAAGAGUUUCCACAAGCUCAGGUUGCGUAUUCAGGAUUUUGAGCAGAUUGCUAUGGAGCAGGACAAAGAGUCAGACAAGCAAGCUCUGAUGAGUCAGGUAGAGGGACACAGGAAACAGAUGCUGAGUAACCAGACCGGGUGGAGGAAAGCCAACCUGGCCAGCAAACUGUCUCUAGAGAAUGUGGAAAAGCAGGCACUUCUUAACGGAGCCGACAGUGGUGUGAGACAGAGGAAGACGACCAAAGAGGGCCUGGCACAGACAACCAGCGGCAUUACAGAGAACCUCAUGAGCAUCAGCCGGAUGAUGGCGCAGCGGGUUGAACAGAGCGAGGAGACCAUGACGUCACUAGCGACCUCCUCGAGGACGAUCCAAGAGACCAACGAGGAGUUUAAGGCCAUGACGGGGACCAUCCAGCACGGGAGGAAGCUCAUCACCAAGUACAACCGCAGAGAGCUCACGGAUAAACUGCUCAUCUUCCUGGCGCUCGCCCUCUUCCUCGCCACAGUCCUCUACAUCCUCAAGAAGAGACUGUUCCCCUUCCUGUAGACCAGGUACCUUUCUAAAGGGGCUCUCCCAUGACGAAAAACACCAACCUUUCCAUGGUCAGCGCAACGGAUUUAAACAACCUUUACUCCCGCGUGUCAUAUUUCACACACAUUACCAGUGUCUGCCGGGGGGCCCGUGUGGACGGCUCACUCUGCCGAACUGUGAUGCUGCCGAGUGGGAGAUGUUCUCCACAAAGGGGCAAGACGAACGGUCCCACGCAGUGUUUAAUUUAUUGAGAUGGGUUUGGUUCAGCAGACAAAGGGGAUAAUUCAUUUUGGUAUCCAUAUUGUGAUAUCCAUCCUUUAUUAGUGUCACACGUGCUUGCAUUGUUUGCAAUUGAGUCAGCUGUGAACCCAUAAUGAUCAUUUAUGUGUUACAUCCCUGUGGAAGGUAUCCAAUACGGUUUUGUUUCCAUGCUUGUAUCAAAGACAGACUGUGGGCAUAUUUAAAGGUUUAUUUUUCUUCUAAAUCUUUGUAAAUUACAAGUACUCACUUUUAAAAAGAGGGGUUUUUUUAGACACUGUUGUUUAAUUGUAUUUUUUUUUUUUUCCACCGGGUGGAACAUGUUGAACUGCUCUCAACUCUCCGUAUUUUAUUGCCGUGUUUCUAGGGCCAACAAUCUCUCCACAUUUAGUCAGGACGGUUUCCAAACCACUGUCUUUGAGGGCCACGGCGGUGGUCCUCUGCAGACUGUGUGCGCCAUUGCAGGGUAACAUGUUGCGAUGGAAGCAGCCUCGCACCACGGGCCCCCCCCCCCCCCCCCCCCCUUCUGUUUGACACGUGGAGGAAUUCCGCGCCUCUGUUUGUUUUACUUCCAAAGGGGAAAAAGCACUCUCCAUCUUUUAGCUAACGCCUCGGCCGCUC